UACUCAUUUAUCCAAUAAUACUGAAUAUUAGCAGACAGCAGUCCUAUGUUUGACUUGUUUGUUCUAUAUUUUGCUUUCAUAUUUACGCAUAAAAUUAUAAAAGAUCUUUAUAAAAAAAAUACAAUCAAAUAUUAAUCACUAUCUUGCUCCUACGUGUUAAGUGUUUUCAUACAAUAUAGUGCAUUUGCUGAUGUGAUUUUACUGAAAUGUCAUCGUAUAUGGCAGGUGUUUUUGAUUUAGAUUUAGAUGUGGAUACAGUUACAGUCGGAGAUUCUGAUGAAGACGAUAUUAUCGAAGUAGAUGAGGUUGAUUAUGAUCCUGAACUACACGUGAAUAAUAUAGUGGAGUCUGAAGGAUCAGAAACGAUACAACUUUCAGAAGAUAAUGUUAAUCCAGGUCAAUGCAAAAGACUUGGACCCCAAGAUUUUGAGUUGCGAAAAGUGCUGGGAAAAGGUGGAUAUGGAAAAGUUUUCCAAGUACGUAAGAUUACUGGCCCAGACCCUGGAGCAUACUUUGCAAUGAAGGUUCUUAAGAAAGCUUCAAUUGUACGUAACCAAAAGGACACUGCUCACACAAAAGCUGAAAGAAAUAUCUUAGAAGCUGUUAAGCAUCCCUUUAUAGUUGAAUUAGUAUAUGCUUUUCAAACUGGUGGUAAAUUAUAUUUAAUUUUAGAAUAUUUAAGUGGAGGGGAAUUAUUUAUGCAUCUUGAACGUGAAGGUAUUUUUCUUGAAGACACAGCAUGCUUCUAUUUGUCAGAAAUAAUAUUAGCUUUGGAACAUUUACACAGCUUAGGUAUAAUUUAUCGUGAUUUAAAACCUGAAAAUGUCCUUCUGGAUGCUCAAGGACAUGUUAAACUUACAGAUUUUGGAUUAUGUAAAGAGCACAUUCAGGAAGGUAUUGUCACACACACAUUUUGUGGAACUAUUGAAUAUAUGGCACCUGAAAUAUUGACUAGGAGUGGUCAUGGAAAAGCUGUUGAUUGGUGGAGCCUCGGAGCAUUAAUGUAUGACAUGCUGAUAGGGCAGCCACCAUUUACUGGUGAUAAUCGUACAAAAACAAUUGAAAAAAUACUUAAAGGUAAACUUAUGUUACCGGCCUACCUCACACAAGAUGCUCGAGAUUUGAUACGGCGUCUAAUGAAGCGCUCUGAAACACAACGUCUUGGUGCUACUGGCGCAGCAGCAGUACGAGGUCAUGCUUUCUUUAAGCAUGUACAAUGGGAUGAUGUCUUUGCUCGUCGACUGGAACCUCCUAUUAAACCACGUUUGACAAGUGAAGAUGAUGUGUCACAAUUUGAUACUAGAUUUACUCUGCAGACACCAAUUGAUUCUCCAGAUGAAUCAACACUUAGUGAAAGUGCCAACCUUAUGUUCCAGGGUUUUACAUACGUAGCGCCAUCAGUGAUGGAUGAGAUUCAUAAGCCACGCGUAAUAACCGCCCGUUCUCCUCGGCGUCCUAGACCACAUCAUCUUAACGCAUUCACAGUGCCUCCUGCUUCCACUGCCCAUUCACAUCCACACGCUCAACAAGAAGACCUUAUGGAUGUACAAGGUUUGCCUAUAUAGCCUAGAGUAAUUUAUAUAGUUGACCAUUUUAUACAAAGGAUGAAUUCAACUACAAAUGCUGCCCAUCUAUUAUGUCCGUAAAGUAAUGGUACUGUUUUAUACAACUAUUAUUAAAUGUACAUUUUAUACAAGUUACCGUUUAGUUUAAUAUUUUGGUAGGAAUAUAACAUGUAUUAAAAUGUUCUAACCCAACUAUUAUGACAGAGAUAUUAAAAUUAAUUUACAAUAUACCUUGUUACCGUGCUUCAUAAAUUGAAUUAAAAGGUCAUUUUUAUUUUGUAAA